UACGUGGGAAUGGGAUUUGGGGUUCAGUACUUUGUCCAAGACAAGCUGCAGGUUAGUCUGGCCCACGAUCUGCUUCCCAGGCUGCACUGUAGGUGUGUCCCCUGUGUUUGUGCACUGUCUGGGAGACUGGAUCUGGGGCAUCCAGAUAUCGUCCCUCCACUCCCACCCGCCAGUGAGACUGAGAAGUGAGGGGUAGGAGCCAUUCUCCACAGGAACAAACAUACGAACUGGUGAGGACGGGACUCUUGGGUGUUAGUCUUGAGGAGCUGCGCCAACCAUCUGGAAAUACAGCUCGCUCACUGGGACCCAGAUUGGACUCUGCGAGCAGACUCUUGUCCAGAGAGAGGGUUCCAAGAGUGCACGAUGGCCCCAGGGCUCCUGACAACCAGAGACAAAGCGCUAAUGGCUUUCCAUGAUGUGGCUGUGGCUUUCAACCAGAUGGAGUGGGAACUGUUGAGUCCUGCACAGAGGAUUCUGUACAGGGACGUGAUGCUGGAGAAUUACAGCCACCUGGUCUCCCUGGGAAUUGCAUUUUCCAAACCCAAACUCAUCACACAGCUGGAACAAGGGGCGGAACCCUGGAAAGAUGGCAGUGAAUGCCUUCUGGACCUUUGUCUGGCAGAACCCAGGACAGAAUUAGAGCCCGGUCUCUCCUGCCCGAUAUCCUUUGCUAGUCCCGACGUCCUCAGAGUGUGUGUGCUGAGUGAACACCCCCCUCAGACUUUCCCAAGCCCGCCAGCAGGCAGCAACCUCCAGCCGGAAGCUCCAGGCUGUUGUAGCAGUGAAAGAGAUGAAGAGGGGGCCAGCAGCGAUGCUCUGCUGCAGAGAGCGAGUCCAGCCGGGAUCCUGCAGACACUGUUUAGCCCGUGUCAAGGUCAGGCAGUGUACUGGGUGGAAGAAGGCAGCAGGAAACAAACAGACGUUGAUGUGGCCCCAGGAGGCAUCCCCGAGAAGGCAGGCACAGUAUUGAAAGGGUCCGACGGGUCGGAAUCUGGAGCAGUUCUACAGGGAGCAUUUCCUCCAGGGCUUCCCGAUGCCACCAGCCUUUUCAGCCCUCAGAAGCAUCAUGACUAUCCUGACUGUGAAACAGGCUUUUGCCAGAGAUCAGACCUCAUGAAGCCCCAGGGGAUGCAGGGAGGCGAGAAGCCUUACUCGUGUGCUGAGUGCGGGCACCAGUUUACUCUGAAGGCUUCCCUCACGGUCCAUCAGAGGAAACACUCGGGAGAGAAGCCGUAUGUGUGUGGGGAGUGUGGGCGAGGCUUCAUGUAUUUAUCCUCUCUCAACAACCACAAGAAGAUCAUUCACUCCGGAGAGAGACCCCUUGUAUGUCCGGAGUGUGGGCGAGGCUUCCGCCAGAAGGUGGACCUCCUCCUUCAUCAGAGGACUCACCUGGACAAAAAGCCCUUCGUGUGCCCCGAGUGCGGGAGAGGUUUUUGCCGAAAGGCCUCGCUGCUGCAACACAGGUGGAGCUCCCACUCUGACGACAACCCCUUCAUCUGCUCCGUGUGUGGGCGUGGCUUCCGCCUCCUCUCCAGGCUCCUCACGCAUCAGAUCACACACUCUGGGGAGAAGCCCUAUGUUUGUGCUGAGUGCGGGCAACGCUUUGGCCAAAAGGGCACGCUCAUCCGACACCAGAAGACACACACCGGGGAGAAACCUCACGUGUGUCGCCAGUGUGGCUGGAGUUUUACUCAGAAGGUCAACCUCAUUAGGCACCAGAGGAUUCAUACCGAGGAGAAGCCUUAUCUGUGCUCCGAGUGUGGGCGAGCCUUUGAAUUCAAGUCCCUGCUCACACGACACCAGAAGACACACAUGGGAGAGAAGCCGUAUGUGUGCCCCCACUGCGGCAGGGGUUUCAGCCAGAAGUUCAACCUCAUCGGGCACCAGAGGAUUCACACGGGGGAGCUCCCUUUUCUGUGCCCUGAGUGUGGGCGUGGUUUUGUAAAGGAGGCCACGCUGAUCAGACACCAGAGAACCCACGCAGGGUGGCAGAAGCCUUACCAGUGCCCCGAGUGUGGACGAGCCUUUGAAUUCAAAUCACUGCUCACCAGACACCAGAAGAUACACACAGGGGAGAAGCCGUAUGUGUGCCCCCAGUGCGGAAGGGGUUUCAGCCAGAAGUUCAACCUCAUCGGGCACCAGAGGACACACACAGGGGAGAAGCCCUACGUGUGUGCGCAGUGUGGCCGGAGCUUCAGGCAGAAGUUCAACCUCCUUAGGCACCAGAGGAUUCAUACGGGAGAGAAGCCUUACCUGUGCGCCGAGUGUGGGCAUGAGUUUAGAAAGAAGGUCUCUCUCAUCAGACACCAGAGGAGCCACGGAGAGGAGAAGCCUUACCGGUGCUCCGAGUGUGAACGGGCAUUUGAGUUUAAGUCGCUCCUCAUUAGGCACCAGAAGACGCACACGGGAGAGAAGCCCUACGUGUGUGCCCAGUGUGGCAAGGCUUUUAGCCAGAAGUUCAACCUCAUUGGGCACCAGAGGAGCCAUACCGGGGAGAAGCCUUACCUGUGCCCCCAGUGCGGGCGCGCCUUUGCCUUUAAGUAUCUUCUCACCCGACACCAGAGGAGACAUUCUAAGUAGGAGCUUUACGUGAAUGUGUGUGUGUGUGUGUGUGUGUGUGUGUGUGUGUAUUGGAUGGAAUGCCAGACCUCUCUGACUGGAGGACUCAGUCCAGUCCACAGAGCCAUUUGGGCGUGGCUUUGGCUUUAACUCUGCCCUCAUUGUAGGCCCACUCUGGGAAGAAGCCCUACACGUGCAGGGAUUGUGGUGGGGUGGGGGUGCGGCAGGCGCAGGCUUCAGCCAGACGUUGCACCCCUGCAGACAUAAGGGGGACCAUGUGGCUGGCUAUCAACUCCUAGCUUGAGAGGUGUUUGCCUGUCCUGUUCCUUCCUUUCCCCAAGAGCACGAAGCUGGCAGAAAUCACUAGUGAAGGUUCCAUUUUUUUUUCCCUGAAAUGGAAUGAGGAAAAGAAAGCCCUUGCUUGUUCGUGAAAUCACUGGUUUAUGAUUUACUUUCCUCAGUUAUCUGUGUAAGUUAAUUUUCUGGGCUCCCUAACAAAAUGCCCCAGAUGGUGUGAUUUAGGCAGAGAUGUACAUUGCUGUGUAUGCGGAGCCUGGGAGCCCUCUCAGACUGGCUC